AUGGCUGCUGAGGCCAGAGAUACGCCCGCAGUUGUUGAGGAUGCUCCCGCGAAUCCUCAAUCUACCGUUGACCUCCCAGUGCGAUCAAAGCAAGAUGCUACGCCGCCACCAGGCCAGACGUUGACCGGCAAGCAAGAACACUAUGCUGAUAUAUCCUUUUACACAUUAGACCUCAAGAGAGAGCUUAUUUCGGAGCAGGUAAAGUGGGAAAUAAACGAACUCAAUUCUACCACCGCCCUCCAGCGCUUCGGCGCCCCAUUUCGAUCCGAUCAUGGUGAAGUUCCCCCUGAGGAGUCCGAACUGCCCAUUCUGCGAUACAUCUUCGUCCACCAUGUUCGCGACUUUCCCUUCCUUGACAAGGCGCGCGAGAAGGAGUUCUGGCAGGACAAGCUUCAAGUGUUCCUCGAGUCAUUUGCAGGAAAGCAGAUUUCAUCGUCCGAGGAUCGCCUAGAGGAGACGAAACGACGAAAACUAGCCAUCAAGGCCAGGAAACUAGUUGAGCUUAUGAUGGUUUCUGGAAUCGGAACAUCUUCAGGAUUCGAGGAGCGCAUUCGGUUUUCAGAGAUUGAGAUUGUUGACAGCAAUGCUAUCGACACUGGUGUCAUGCAUACUCUGCCUGAGGGCAACUAUAUUAAUGGCUGGGAUGUCAAUGUCGCAGGCGUGCGAGUCACUCAAGUCAAGCAUACGAUCCGAAAGCACAAACACGCCGAAUUCAUCCUGCGCAUCAAGAAGAAGGGAGAAUUGGAGCACUAUGUUGGCCGAAGAUAUAGCGACUUUGCCAAACUUCACAGCCGAUUGCGACAAGAGCUUCCUGGUCGAGUCGUACCAGAAAUGCCUAAGAAGAACAAGUCAGAUACUACUACAACGAUCGCCUUUACAUCCAUGUUCAGCAACGGAAACGAAUCAGAUGCUUCUUCUAUUUCUUCAGUGUCCACAAGACCUAAUGGCUAUUCAUCUAUGUUGACGCCUGGUCACCGUAGGGCUGGGUCUGCGGCAUCAUUCAGAUCGAAUCGAUCCAAGGGGCUCAAUUCCCCUAGAAUACCAUCUCCUCGCAUGUCUACCGAGGGAGGAAGACUUAGCCCCGCCGUCCGCCAGGAUUCGGAUAAGUCAGAUAAGUCAGAGACUGUUGUUCUAUGGCGUGAAAACCAAAGAAUUUCACUUAGGGCGUUCUUGCGAUCUGUACUCCACAACCCCCAAUUUGCUAAUACCAAGGCUAUGCAAGACUUUCUGAGUGGCGAGCCCAUUACUCCCACAGACGAGGACGUCGAAGAUAUUCUUCGAAGAAAGGAGGUGGAUGCGAAGCGCAUGGAAGAGCAGAAGCAAUUCUAUGAAAUCGCGAGGAAACGAGCCGCCGAGCUCGAUGAGUACAUGGAACAGUUCCGUCGCGAUAUAGUAGAACACAACGGACUUACCAUGCUCUUUAAGGAGAUCAAGGAAAAGGAGACGAUCCAGGGUCUCAGUAUCCAAUAUCGAAAGUUUGCCGAGUGGCUUCGUAUUGAGAUUGCUGCCGUCAUCUACCACCUUUUCCUGGCUGAGGACAACUCCCCUGAGCUCUUUGCUCAAGCGAGACGUAUUCACUCUCUCAUCCCAUACUCGGUUAUCAAGAACGUUAUCCGAAUUGCAAACCCCGCAGCAGUCAUGUCUGGUGUCCUGGACAUCUUCCUAGCUCAACCGUUCGGUACACGGUCAUUGAUGCAGAGGAUUUUCUCACUUACGCUUAACGAUGGUAUCAAGAGCUUCCAAAAGUCGAUCGAUAUCCUCGCUAGCAAGAUUGACGAUCCUGUCUUCUCAGGCAAGCUCUACAAGUACACACAUGCCGAAGAGCAUAUCAAGGUUGCCAUUCGUGAAGAGGCUGAGGCAGAUGACGUGGACUUGAUUGUGGCGAUUAUGAGAUCUGAUCUCAUUGAACCAGGGCUUACAGGAGAGCAAAUUCAGAGGCUCUACAACGCAUAUGUCGCUUUCAAUAAUGCGGUGGAGAACAUUGACGAGGAGCUGCGCCAGGGCGCUCAACUGUUUUCGUACAUGAAGCAGUACUUGAAGCUGUGCACAAGACAGAGGGACAAGGAGAUGAUGCUUCAGUUGAUCGAGGAGCCGGUAACCCUCCAGCUAUUCCGAGACCUCUUCACCAUCUUCUACGAGCCCCUCGUACGAGUCUACAAGUCCGCAAACGUGUACAAUAGUGUUACUGACUUCGCCGUCUUUAUUGAUGACAUGAUCCAGGUCGUCGACAAAUGCAGAGAGCAAGAUGCUUCAGCUGAUCCAAAUCAGACUGUCCAGGCUUUUAUCGAUCUUUGCCAGCGACAUGAGCACAACUUCUACAAGUUUGUCCAUGAAGUGCAUACCCACGAUAACGGCCUCUUCACACAGCUCAUGGGUUGGAUCGAGGGUAUCCUCGAGUUCUUGCGAAAGGGCCCCAAGAACGGAACCCUUAAUGUCAACGCCUUGUUCGAGGGCGGUGUCAGCGCUGGAAUUCUGGAUAAAGACAAGGCAAUUGCAGAGAUCAACUCUCUUAUUGCAUGGCAAGAGGCUCGAAAGAAGUGGCACAAUGAUAAAACAAGACAGAAGAUGGCAGCUGAGGGCCAUGCAGGGAGUGACAUGAUGCCAACGGCAAUGGCUUUCAACUCAUCAGACUUUGGAUUAGAUAGCGAAGAUCUCGAGGAUAUGGCUUAUGACGAUGGUUCAGAGGAUGAGGCAGAGGCGGAAGCAGAAGAUGAGUUGGAUCCCAUCGAGGCUGAGAGGCGACGCAGAGCCAAGCGACAGGAUCGCUUGCGACGAAGCGCUGGAGAGCCCGUUAAGCCACCUGUGGGAGAAGUUCACAAGCUGACCGACAAUUUCUUGGUCAUGCUUCGUGAAGUAUUAUCGAAUUAG